AUGUGGGCAAAGACGAUUACAGAAAAUUUUGCCAAUGUGAUUCAUGGUUUGAAUAAAAACCACCUGACAGAUCUGGUCAUUCAGAGAAGCAAGCGAAUGAUUCUGGAUACCCUUGGAGUAGGACUUCUGGGUACCAGCACCGACAUCUGCCAGAAAGUCAAACAGUACAGCAAGAUCUACAGCUCAGAUAUAUCCAGCACCAUCUGGGGCCACUUGGAUUUCCGACUGCCUCCUCUGUAUGCAGCUUUUGUAAAUGGAGUGGCUGUGCACUCCAUGGAUUUUGAUGACACAUGGCAUCCUGCCACGCACCCAUCUGGGGCUGUGCUCCCUGCUGUGAUGGCUCUCUCUGAGGCCUUUCCUCAGAAUAAAAAAAUCUCAGGUCUUGACCUGCUCUUAGCUUUCAAUGUGGGAAUUGAGGUGCAAGGCAGGUUGUUACGCUUUUCCAGUGAAGCCAGGAAUAUUCCCAAAAGGUUUCACCCACCAACAGUAGUUGGUCCAAUGGGGAGUGCAGCAGCUUGUGCAAAACUGCUAGCUCUUAACCAAAUGAAAUGUAAAAACUCCUUGGCUAUUGCUGCUUCCUAUGCCGGUGCCCCACUAGCUAACGCAGCAACUCAAACGAAGCCCGUGCACAUCGGCAAUGCUGCCAAGCACGGACUGGAAGCGGCUUGCUUAGCAUCACAGGGUCUUCAAGGAAACAAUCAGAUCUUGGACAUUGAGUCAGGGAUAGGUGCCUUUUAUACAGAUUACAACCCACAGACUCUGCCAACUUUGCAAUCAUAUCCCUGGCUGUUGGACCAGCAAGAUGUGGCCAUCAAAUGCUUUCCUGCUCAUCUUGGAACACACUGGGUGGCUGAUGCAGCAUCUUCUGUAAGGAGGAAGCUUGUUGAAAACAGUGACAUAUUGCUUAUCCUUGAUAAAAUUGAGAAAGUUAUUGUAAAAGUCCCAGAGGUCAAAUAUGUGAACAGACCCAGCCCUAAUUCAGAACAUGAAGCUCGACACUCCUUUCAGUUUGUUGCCUGCUCUGCUUUGCUGGAUGGCAGCAUGUCCAUCCAGUCCUUUGCCAGUGAGAACAUUCACCGACCAGCUUUACAGGAGCUCCUCUGCAAAACACAGCUAGAGCACCCUUCUGAUAACAAACCCAGCUUUGAGAGUCUUUAUUGCGAAGUGACUGUUGUGCUUCGGGAUGGCAACGUGAUUAGUGACCGCUGCAACACGUUCUAUGGACACUGGAGGAAACCUCUGACAGAGCAAGAUAUGGAGAAAAAAUUUCGGUCCAACGCUUCUGAAGUCCUUCCUGCAGAAGCCAUAGAAGGCAUUAUAGAGACUGUGUACAAUCUGGAAAAAGUAGAGGACUGUUCUGUAUUAAACAUGUUUUUGUCAGGACAGUCAGCUAGAGUACUUCCAGAGAAGCUGCACUUCAAACAUUCCAACUCAUAAAGCAAACAAAAUUCAGGAAAAGGUCUUAUUUAAUGACCAAAGCACCAAGUAAAUAAUUUAGAGAUAGCAUGCAUAGUUCAGUCAGAAGAGUUGAAGAUUACUUCAGCUAUCUUUAUAUGCUUAUACUGCUAAGGUAGAGCAACGCCAGCAUGCUGCACAAAAAAAAUUCCUUCCUCUUCUGACAAAAAUGUCUGCAUGUUCUGCUUCUACUUAAUCACUUCAUGAAGGAAAUUUAAAUUCGUGGAAAUGCUGCUGUGAGAAACAAGACUAUGAAGACAGAAAAUAGAAGCCUUUACAUACGUAUUGCUGCACAUUUAGUUAUACAGCCUUCUUAAAGAGGCCACCUGCUAUGCCACAGCUUUGGUGUGUGCGCUAAAAGAAAUAGCACUUAAACACUCCAAAGACAUCAGGGUUCACUGUGGAGACUGGCAUUCUGGAACUAGGGUGCAGAGCAAGAGGGACAACUCCUAGACCUAAAAGCAUUAUUUCCCAGCCCCAUCUUCUUGGUGCUUCAUAGUAUGCGUUUAUUACUGCCAUGUUCCCACUUCAAUUACAAGGCGCUGGCUUAGGAAGAAAUUCAGCCCCAUUUUCCCCAACAGCAGCCAAAGAGAUGACCAGACAGCUGAGUUUGCUGUUUACGACAGUGCUGUCUUUCUGGCUUUCAUAACCAUUCCACACUGAUCAGGAUGCCAUGUUCAGAUUACUGCAGACAUUGCAAAGCAUGGGCUACAGUACAUUAGUUACUAUAGACUGUGAGCUGUAUGUAUCAGAACACUUCAUGUGCUGAGACCACCAAGUGUCCUUAGGAACUGUCACCUUGACAACCAAACCCGUUCCCUCAAGUCUUGCCCUU